UAUUUCAUUUAAAUGGUUAUUUAUGUUAAAUAUUAUGCCUUUGUAUUAUGCUAUAAAUAUGUAUGAAUUAAAUGAAUUUAAGAACUAGACCUUAUUUAUUUAUUUAGUUAACCGGACUAUUUUUUUAUAUUCGAACGUACACCUCAUGACUGUCAAGCAAGCUGUCAACUAAACGUCAACUCUGUAGUCAAUUAUGUCAAUUUUUUCAAUUUAAUUUAACUUGGCAAAUCCAUACAGAAAACGAGAGGCUGCUAAAUUUAAAUUAAAUUUUAUAGUAAUAGUUUAAAUAUUUCGUGAUGAGAUACAUCUCGGUUAGUUUGAUAGUAACUUUGAUAUUUGCUGGAUAUGCUAUUAAUACGAUAUGGACUCUAGCCGAAAUAUUCAUCCCGCCCGAGUGUAGUCGUGGCGAACGAUGUUUUAGUUCCUAUUUAGCUUCAGAUCCAGUGCAGCAUUUAGUCCUUUAUACAUCUGUUAAGGAAUAUCCACACGAUGGUGAUUCCGCCUCAGAAACCGUAACAAAGGUGCAUACUUCGGUGAAUUUCGACUACCGGAAUCCGGCUUCUAUAGAUGUCACAUUGAAAAUUCCUCGUAGAACUCGCAAUAAUGGCACACUGUUCAUGCAUGCGGCUCUCCUUGACGAAGACUGGUUGUACAAGCAGUUUCAUGAUAUUGUUAGAACGGGGACACUGCACACUUUGCCCCUGAUCACCUUCAUUGAACCACAGGCUGCCACUUUUAAUUUGUUAAAUAAAAAUACUGAUGAAAAAAAACCAAAGGUUCAUAACAUAAAGCCCAUAGCUCAUAUAAACACCAUAGUUCCUCUGGCUGUGUUAACAGACAAUUUGAAUCUACCCUCUAACAAAAUACCUGGGGAAUUGUACCCUUACAUAAGGUUACGCAAUCGCAAGUUCUUGCCAAUCAUUCAGCACAAUGUUCUAAAAUCUCGGCUAUCAAACCUUCAGCCAAUAAACAGCAGCAGUUCUGAGGUGAACAUAACAGUCACCGUGUCUCCAUCCUCAUAUGGCUCCCUACGAUUGGCUCUGCAUGUCCACCUGGCUUUAGAACAACUGCAUAACCUAGGAUUUAGCAACAAAGAUGUUGACGAUGUUAAGGGGAUCUUCGCUGAUACCAAUCUGUACUUGCUGUCUGCAACACUCUUGAUCGCUAGUUUUCAUUUGUUGUUCGACUUCCUGUCAUUCAAAAACGACGUAUCGUUCUGGCGAAGCAAGCGGUCUCUGGGCGGGCUCUCGACCCGUACCGUGCUAUGGCGCGCUUUCUCGCAGCUGGUCAUCUUCUUCUACCUGCUGGAUGAACACACGUCGCUGCUAGUGCUUGUACCGGCUGGGAUCAGCGCUGUUAUUGAGCUAUGGAAGGUGACGAAGAUCCUCCACAUCCGCGUGUCCUGGUCGGGCCUGAAGCCGCGCAUAUGGCGCGACGUGCCCGACGCGGCUGAACGCAGCACCGCCGCCGCCGACGCUGAGGCCAUGAAGUACCUCUCCAUGCUGCUGUACCCGCUAUGUAUCGCUGGAGCGAUCUACUCGCUAUUCUACGAGCCCCACAAGAGUUGGUACUCCUGGGCGCUUCACAGCGUCGUGAACGGCGUCUACGCGUUUGGCUUCCUCUUCAUGCUGCCCCAACUCUUCGUAAACUACCGACUGCGCUCCGUAGCGGCGCUUCCCUGGCGCGCCUUCAUGUAUAAGGCGUUCAACACGUUCAUCGAUGAUGUGUUUGCGUUCAUCAUUACCAUGCCAACUGCACAUCGGGUGGCGUGCUUCAGAGAUGACUUGGUGUUCCUUGUCUAUUUGUAUCAGCGAUGGUUAUACCCGGUGGACAAGUCGCGAACAGACUCGGCCGUCAGCAUGGAUGAGAGUCCCGAAGAGUUGGAGCCCCAGAAGCAAAAAGCUGAAUAAGGUUUAUUAGUCCCAGUAGUCCUUGAGAUGUUCAAAUAUCCGAACUAUUGACUGCCGUGUCAGAACCUUUGUGGCUACCAUUUGUUUUGUAAUACUCGAUAUUCUGCACGUCACGGAAAGGGUACGUAGUUUUUGAAAUGAAAUUAAAAUUUUGAAAUGAAAAUAACGCUCACUGACAACGUUAAACUUCCCAAAUCUUGGGAUUAGUUGUCAAAGCGGACCCCAGGCUCCCAGUAGCCGUGGCAAAUGCCGGGAUAACGCAAGGAGGACGAUGAUGAUGAAUGACAACGUUAAAUAAAAGUUUAAGUUUACUCUCAGUGUUACCAACUCGAAUUUUGAUAUACCCCUUCCUAUUUUCAUUUUCACAUUACGAAGUGUCACUGCUUCCUUGCAAAGGGACUCCACGCACUAUUCAGUCUAGUAAGCAACUAUUUGGAGGCGCUGUUUACAUUCUCCAUAAAAUGUUGCUCUUUUUUUUUUUGUUGAAAGAUUGGGAAUUUAGAGGGAACCUCUAUUUUAUCCGCAAAUCGGACGCCGCCAUAUCCCGGAGGGACAUCCCGGGGAGAAAGUGUUGCUCUGGGCUGCGUGAGUAGUAUGAGGGCGCCGAAAGCGCCUGGCUUAGUACAGUGUACGUCCGGCACCGCUCGACUCUUUUAAGUGUGAGGGCGCCCAAGGCGCAGCUUAGGUCCGCCGACUUCGGGCUUUUCCGAGACGUUCUCGAUACGAUAUCGAGAAACAUAUAAUAAACUCAUGGUAGUUACUUAAAAAAUCUUUGCAGCAGGGCUUACUUAUUGUCAAAUAACUCCGUCAACUUUGGUAAUAUUAUUUCGUUUGUAACUCAUGUUAUAUCUCUUCGUUGUAAAAAAAGAAUGUUGUCGAUGGGGACUUACAUUUCUAGAGAAGCUAGUUAUUCGGUUAUGUCUAUAAUAUUUGAGACGACUGCUUGGUUAUACGAAUAAGCUAAACUGUAUUUGUUUAUUGUUAUUUUGUAUAGAAUUUAUUUAUAAGCGUGACAUGUUCGGUCGGCAGCCAUAAUUAUUACCUACACAAAAUAACUUAGUCGAAAUUUAUAGCACAAGUUAUAUGCGAAUUUAAAAUAUCCAGUUAGUCUCUGUAGGCCACAUUGUCGUUGUUUGUUAGAAAGUAGUGGCUAAUUUAUUUUUAUGAACGAAUGAUUUUUAGACAGUGUAGUCUGCCCAAAUCUCGAGUAUUUCGUGUAACAACUUGUGUUGCCGACUGUACAUUUCAAUGUGUUAUAGAAAAUGUAAUAUUUUGAUUUGGUGCAAUGAACUAAAAACGAAUUGAAGAAAAAUGAAAUUAUUAAUUUAGGUUAUGAUUUAAUAAGCUUUACUUUUCAAAUGAACUGUGACUGAGGCUGUCCUAGGUGCUAAACGAUUUGCGCCAUUACUAUUUGUUUAAUAUUUACGCAUAUAUUAUACUUGUAUAUUCGCUAAAAUCCUGUAAACAUAAUUGUAGAUAAGCCCUAGAAAUAUUUUUGAGCAAUAAUUUAACUAGUGUCUGAUUGAGGUAAAAACUUAGAAACUAAAUUCCUAAACUAUGUUAUAUGUGGUAAAAUAAAAGUAUUGAAUGUCUACUGUAGGUAUAUUAUUAGCGAAUAGCGCAACGUUAUGUAUAACUGACAGAAACGCACAGCCUACCUAAAACUAUCGAAAAAUACAAUUGUUUAUAGAAAACGCCAUUCGAAACCAAUUUAUGGAAAUAUCCUCGUAACUUUUAUCUAUCAGUCAUCCCAAAUAUAUUCUUUAUUAUUCUAAUGAUAUAGUGAAGAUACAAUUUUAUUAUAAUGUAUUUUUUAAUGUUUUUAAUGGUUGUAAUGUUUUGUCAUUCAUAUGUUCCAUAGUCCUUAAAAUACGAACACCUAAAGUCAGUUCAACCUUACUUGUCCAAUAUAGUAAACAAACGAAACGUCAAAUAUGAACAAAGACAAUUACUAGUGAUUGGAAUUAAAUGUCGAUAAAAUGAUGUAUUAACGAUAAUUUGUAAAUAAACGCUGCUAACGUCAUCUGUGGUUUUUCGAUUUUACGUCACACAAUAUCUAUAUAAAAACCAAAAUUUAAUUAGGUUUCGUCGCAUUUGCAACAAUCCUAUGGAAAAUGCUAGUAGGUACAGUUUUCAUUUUAUACUUAGUACUUAACAUUAAUACAACAAAAAAUAUACUGAUAGUAAAAUAUUUAUUGUAAAGCGGUAGGAAAUAAAACGUAAAAAAGUCGGUUAAUAAGUCUCAUAAAUUGUUGUAGUUAAUAUCAACGCAUUUUUUCCAAGCUAUACAAACUCAAACGUUAAUAUCGAUCGUUCAUAACGAUAAGUUGUCAUCCCAACGUUACGACUCAUAGACAAUCUAGACUUCGUAAUGUCAGUAGUUUUUUAUAUCAUCCUUUCGUAAUUACAAAAAUUGAUGAAAAUCGUUUUAUAAAUGAUAAUUAUUCAGUGGAUUUUUGAUUGAUUUCAAUACUUUGUGAGUUUAUUUAAGUGUAAUAACAUUUUAAGUGAUGGUUAAUGUGUAAUUCCAGAGAAAAGUGAGAUAAUGUUUUUCAGCAGUGUUUGUUGACAUGAUUGGACAAGUAAGGCUGAACUGAGUGUAAAAAAUACGAACACCUACGUACCUAUAUUUAAAUAUAUUAAAUUAUUAUAGUCUCGUCCAAUUUCAUGACACAGUUUAGAAGCUGAUGUAGGAGUUGUUUAGUAACGUUAAUGUUAUAUUACUAUGUAUUUUACAAGUAAGAAUAUAAAUUAUAACAUUUAUUACAAAAUAUUGUGUCGUUCCACGUCUAAAGGGUUCAUACGCUUCAAUUGCAAUAAAGGCGAAUUUAUGCGUAAGUAGCUUUUUGUGAUGGAAUGUCACAAUUAUGAAGUCUGUUAAAGUUUUGGUUUCUUGUGAACAUGUUUACAAAACCAAGAUUUUUACAUGUAAUUUAUCCACAAGCAAAAGAAUUUCCUUUUUUCAGAAGAAAACGUCCCAAAAUUUUGAAUAUUUUGAGCCUUUAGGUGCCAAAACACCUUUGAUAUGAUUACUGAUUGUCGAGUUUUAUAGAUGCCGAAUUCGAAAACGCACCUUAUAAAACCAAUUAAUAAAUGGUUAAAUGAUUACCUUAUUAAAUGAUUCAGAUGAUGUUUUGUAAAUAAUGAAUGCUACUAUCUGCAGGGUUAGCACAUGAUUACCGCGAGAGCAUGUCGCCGCGAGAUACACUACCCAUCCUCAUGUCAUGAAUACUCAUGUCAUAGCAAAAACUCCCAUUUUGUCGAUUGGCAUAAGGACGUUUUGAUAGAUUAUUCGUAUAAAUAUAAUAAACAAAUCUCGUCCGUAUAGCAUGCGAAAAAGUGGUACUACUUAACUUUCCACACACUGACUAGACACAUUCGCAUUCUGUGCCCGGCGGAGAAAAAUCCACACACAGUUAUCGUAUACGGUUAUAUAAAAUAUAACAUUAGUUGAUAGUACCUAUCCACAGAACUUAGACUAGACGUAAUAAACGCAUAAAGAAAGAAGAGAGAGAGAAAUUAAAAAGUGGUAACAUUGUUAGGACGGUUUUUUUUAUAUAAAAGGGACAGCUCUACUACACCUACAGUGAUCCUACUUUUUAAUUUCUAUUUUUAACGAAACGAGAAACUUGCUUUGUUACAUUGAUGUUACAUUGUUAGAGAUCCUCUUAUAUAUUGUACUGGAAAUUAUAUUUAUUUUAUAUUAACGAAAUUACAUUAAAUUGUCUAUGAUUUUGUAAAAAAUGCUGGAAUAUUAUAUACAAUGCAGUUUUACUCCUACAGUGAUCCUACUUUUUAAUUUCUAUUUUUAACGAAACGAGAAACUUGCUUUGUUACAUUGAUGUUACAUUGUUAAUUUGUUAGAGAUCCUCUUAUAUUACUGGAAAUUAUAUUUAUUUUAUAUUAACGAAAAUACAUUAAAUUGUCUAUGAUUUUGUAAAAAAUGCUGGAAUAUUA